UUUUUUGUGUGGCAAUUUUUUCUUCUUUUUUACAUUUACAUUUUACAUUUUUCAUUCAAUGCAUCAUUCUAAAUCUAUUCAUCAUCAUCGACAACGACAACAGCAACAACCAAAAAAUCCUAAUCCUAAUCAGCUGCAUCAACAGCAAAAUGUGCCAGUUACAUUGUCGUCCUAUCCAUUAUCAUCAUCAUCAUCAUUAUCAUCACCAUUAUCAACAACAACAAAUAGUGCCUCAGAUUUUUAUUCAAGAAAUUCUCCAGUAUCAACCACCAACAGCAGCAGCCACACAUCUUUUAUCAACAAUAAUAAAAGACAUCAGCACCCACAACAACAACAGCAACAACAACUUUAUCCAAAUCAUCAUCAUGGACAAUUUUUAAAACAAAAUUUAUUCAAUUUUACUAAUCAAUCACCACCAGCACCACAUCAUUAUCAAUUUUUAAAUCCAAAUAAUAAUAAUAAUAAUAAUAAUCUAUUGUAUCAUUAUCAACAACAAAAUUGUUCAACUCCACCGCCUCCAACAACAACUAAUUAUAAUCAUCAAUUGGGUUUAAUAAAUGAUAAUAAUAAUGAUGAUACAAAGUAUUCACAACCAACGACAAGAGAUAUUGAACGAUUUGCUCAAAAUAUUAUAUUCGAACGCAAUAAUAAUAACGCUUCUCAUCAUCAUCAAACAACAUUAAUCAAUCCAACUGAUAAUAUUGAAAUUUAUAACCAAAACAACAAUAUUGGUGGUGGUGAAAGAAUAUCAAUUUCAUUAGGAAAUUAUUUAAAUUCCAAAACAGCAGCAACAACAACAAUUGUUUCGAUGCCAUCACCAAUGACAAUAUCAUCGGCUGCAUCGUCGGCACCAAUUAUUAAUCAUCAUUCGCAUCCGCAGCAACAACAACAACAUCCACAUCAUCUUAUUCAUCAACAAUCUCAACAUGGUGUUGGUCCACAAUCAUCAUCAUCACCAAAUCCAUUAAUACAGGCAGGUCUGAUAUCGGCAUCAGUACCACCCUCGCAACUACCCCCAACAUCAAUAUCGAUGUUACAUCAUCAUCAACAACAUCAUGGUGUAUCGUCAUCAUCAUCAUCAACGAUACUACCACCAACAUCAUCAUCAUCAUCAAUUGUUUCAUCAAAUUUAAUUCAUCCUCAUCAUUCACAUCAUGGUAGUUCAUCAUCAUCAUUACAACAUAAUCAUUUAUCACAUGGUCAUUUAUUACAUGAAAUAUAUGAUAUUUCAAAUAAAAGAAAUCUAUUAUCAUCCAAUCAUCAUCAUCAUCAUUAUUUACCAAAUAAUAUUCCAGGAAUACAAUUAGGUGGUAAUAGUAGUCCAAUACCAUCAACACAGAAUCAAAAUCAAAUUCCAGUAUCAUUAUCAGGUGGUGGUAAUAGUAAUAUAAUGCCAUUAAUGGCAUUACAUCAUCAUCAUGGAAUUAAUCAUACAGGGAUUCUACCACCUCCACCACAGAUACAGAUACCGCCGCCGCAAUCAUUAUCAACACAUGGACAACAUCAUUUUGUACAGCAUCAUAUUGGUGGAAAUAGUCAAAAUGUUGUUGGUGGUGGUGGUGGCGGUGGUUAUCAUCCACCAUCAUCAUCGAAUCAUCAAUUACAUCCACAUUAUUAUAAUAAUCCUAUUCAAUCAGGACAUUCAACAACAACAACAAAAAUAUUACCAUUAAUCGAUAAUGAAAGAUCAUCGUUAAUAUUAAAUCAUUCAUCAAAUCAAUUGGCAACUAUUUCAACAACUGGAUCUACACGUAUUUCAACAUCAUCUUCUAAUCAACAACAACAACAAGAAAUGAUUGUCGAAACUAUUGAUGAUAAUGUUGAAGAUGGUUAUAAUCCACAUUUUGAAGCCAUUUCACCAACACCACAAGAUGAAUCACGUAUAUCACCAUUAACAUCAUUAAAAGAUCAAAUAUUAUCAUCAAUAAAUGCUUGUGAUAGACAAAUACAAACAAAUGAAGUGGAUAUUAAUCAAUUAAAAUUAAGAGCGCAACAAUUGGAAGCUGCAACAAGAAAAUUACCAAUCGAUUCGGAUGAAGAUGAUAAACAAAAAAAUGGUAUUAAAUUAGAACCAACAUUAGUGCAGAAAAUUAUACAGGAAAAUACUAUGAAAGCUAAAAAAGCCCAUCAAAAUCUAUAUCGAUUAUUAGGAAAUGAUAAUAAUAAUAAUUUAUCCGAAACAAUCGCAUUACCAUUAUAUAAUCAACCAAUGGAUUUACCAAUAAUUAGAAAAAAUAAUGAACAACAUCAACAAUUUCGUUCAAAAUUAAUUGAUCGUAUUAAUCGUUAUAAAAAACUUGUUACAAAAGAACAACAAAUACAAGCAGAAAAAUAUGAUCAACAAAUGUUAGAAUGGUUAAAAAAAGUAGAAAAAAUUGAAUCAAAUCCAGUGAAAAAACAACGUGAUUUAAAAAUACGAGAAUCAUUUGAAAAACAUUUUCCGGAAAUACGUAAACAACGUGAAGAUCGUGAACGUGUACAACGUAAUAGUAAUCAACAACAUCGUAUACGUUCGGAUGCUGAAUUGGAAGAAAUUAUGGAUGGAUUACAGCAUCAAGAAUUAGAGGAUAAAAAAAUGCGUUCAUAUAUUGUUAUACCGCCAAUAAUGUAUACAAGGAUUCAAUUAAAAAAUUUAAUACGUUUUGAUAAUCAAAAUGGUUAUCUACAAGAUCCAAUGUCAUUAUAUAAAGAAAUUCGUAAUAUAAACAUUUGGACUGAAGGUGAAAAGGAAAUAUUUCGUGAAAAAUAUUUAUUAAAUCCGAAAAAAUUCGGCAUAAUUGCUCAAUAUUUGGAAAGAAAAUCUAUAGCCGAUUGUAUUAAUUAUUAUUAUUUAUCGAAAAAACAUGAAAAUUAUAAACAAUUAUUAAGGAAACAUGUUAAAAAACGUACACGUGCAAUGAUUAAAGCACAACAACAACAACAACAUCAUCAUCAAAAUUUAGUCAAUCAACGUGGAUCACCACAUUUAAUUAAUCAAAAUAAUAAUAAUCAAUCACAACAUUCAAUUAGUGGAUUGGAUGGAACAAUUGGAUCAUCAUCAUCAUCAUCGUUAACAUCGACAACAACAUCAUUAUCCACAUCAUCAACAACAACAUUAUCAUCAUCUGCAUCAGCAGCAUUGUUAAAUCGUCAAUAUCCAAAUUCAUCAACAUCAGUUAUAUUACCAUAUUCGAUAGCAAUAACAACAAAUAUUGCUACUAUUACAUUUUCAUUAACAUCAACGUCGAUGGCAAAUAGUUCGGGUGAUAUAACAACAACAACGACAACAAAUUCGAAUGGUAAAAUUUCAACUAUUUCUACAACAACAACACCAAACACUAAUAAUAAUGUUCAUCAAACAAAUAAUCAAGGAGAUUCAUCAUCAUCAACUGUAAUUAAUCGAUGUGAUAAUAGUGAUAAUAAUGAUCUAUUAGCAAAUGGAUCAACAACAGCAACAUUAACAACAACAGAAUGUUCUACCAAUUCUACACAAUGUGAUAAUAGUGGUAGUGGAAAUAGUUCUUCUUCAUCAUCAAUUGGUUGUUGUCUUUGUUGUGGUGAACAUUUAGUAUCAACAAAUCCACAAAAAUCUCGUCCAAUAACACAGAAUAAUUAUCAAUCAUAUGGUUUACAAUUAUCAACAUUAUUAAUGAAUUCAACAACAAUAAAUCAAAAAACAUCGAAUGGUAAUCAAAUAUUAGGUCGUGUUUGUUUUGGUUGUCAUCUGAAAAAACAACAACAACAAUCGAUUAAUAGUAAUCUAAGAGAAAAACGUUAUUGUCCAAUGCCUUUAUGUAUUUCUUCAUCAUCAUCAUCAUCGAAUGCAAAUAAUUCUACAACAAAUACAUCAACAAAUAAUACACCUAAACGUAAAAAAUUACAUCUAAAACAAUUACCACAACAAUGGUUAGAUAUGUUGGAUGAUAAUGAAUUGAAACAACAAAUUUCGAAAGAAUUACAAAUACCAUUAGAUAUUAAAAUUGGUUGUGCACGUUGUGUAAUGAGAUUAAAUCGUCGUUUAUCAAAUCGAACAAUAAAUUUGGAUCAAAAAUUGAUUGAUAAUAAUCAACAACAACAACUUACCAAUACAUCAUCAUCAAUAACUAAUAUUGAUUCAUCUUCGAUGGUAAAAGAAGAUUUUCGUAAAGUAUGGUCAUCACCCGAUGAUCAAGAAAAACUACGUACAAUGAUUCGUACUUAUGGUAAAAAUUGGGCAACAAUAUCAUCGAAUGGUAGUUUUGAACAACAAAAAACACCACAAGAUUGUUAUAAAGCAUUUGUUUUAUUUAAAAAUGAAUUUCAAUUAGUUUCAGCAUUGAAAGAAUUUUAUCAAUCAAUCGGUAGACCAUGGAAUUCUGCAAUAGAUUCAGGUGAAGAUACUGAUGGUGAUAAUGGUGGUGGUGGUGGUAUUAGUGGUGAUGAUGAUACUACUGCAUCAAGUUUAGAUGAUAAUCAACAAAAUAAUAAUGAAAGUGAUACAGCAUCGGCUUCAUCAUCAUCAGGUGGUGGUGGUGGUGGUAGUGGAAAACCAACAUCUUCAGGUGAUAAUCAUCAAGAAGCACAGAAUUCUUUAACUAAAUCAAAUCAAAAUCUUCAAGAUUGUAAACCAUUAAGUCUUUCACAAAGUUCAUUAAAAAGUGAUUAUGAUUCAUCAGCAACAAUGAGUGCUGAUGAAUCAUCAAAUAAUAUGAAUGAAACAAAUAAUAAUACUGCUACAGGUUUGGAUCGAUCUUCUGGUUCAUUUUCAUUUCCAAAUUCUGGAUCACGUUCAGGUUCAUCAACACAACAACAACAUUCGAAUAAUGUAAAAAUUGAAACAAAAGUGAUGGACGAUUUGAAACAAUCGAAUCAAUCAUCAUCAUAUUCAACAUCAUCAUCAUCAUCAUUUAAUCGAGAUAAAUUGGUUGGUUUUGAUGCACCACAAGUUCCAAUGUUUUUGAUCAAUCCAAAUGCACCAUCGAUUCAGAUUUCAUCAUCUUCGAAUACUUCUUCUUCGGUUCCUUCAACAACGGCUGGAUCCAAUCGAACACCAACACCACAUUCAACAUCAAAAUCAUCAUCGAUUAAUGAUGUUAAUAAUUUAACAUCAACAACAUCGACAAACAAUAAUAAUAAUGAUAAUAAUAAUAAUAAUUCUGGUGGAACAUGUGUUCGUGAUCUAAUAUGGAAAGCAAUUGAAAAAAGUUUAUCAACCGAAACUGGUGCUGCAACAGCAGGAAUAUCAUCAUCUCAACCAUCAUCAUAUAACACUACUCAUACAUUAUCAUCUGAAUCUACUAAUACUACUGCUGCUGCUGUUAAAAUAGAACCAUGUUCUACCGUUGUACAACAAUCAUCAUCAAAUAAUAAUUCUACACCUUUAUGUUUAAAACGUGAAAUUUCAACACCAAAUUCUAAUCAAUCAUUAAGUCGACAACCAACACCAGAUUUAAGUAAAAUGGAUAUUUUAGCAUCAACUGCUUUGCAACAACAACAACAGCAACAACGAUCUGGUGGUAUGAAUUUAAUGAUGAUGAAACCGGAAGGUUUAGCUGCUGGUAUUAAUUUUUCUUAUGGAUCUAAUUCAACAACAACAACAACCGUUGAAGAUGAAGUACAAGAUUUAAGUAAUAAAUCAUCUAAACGAUCAUAUGAUCAAACAAUUUUACAACAACAACGUAAUUCACCAAAAGAUUUUCAUCAUCAUCAUCCAAUUAAUAAUAAAAUUAUGAAAAUGGAUUCAAUUGGUGGUAAUAAUGGUGGUGGUAACCAAUCAUCAUCACGUUCAUCACCAUUAAAUAUGCCACAUCAGAUAAAAUCACCAUUUUCACAUCAUUCUUCAUCAUUAAUGGAUAAUUCAGCGGCAACACAAAAUAUUUUACGUCCACCAUAUGCACAUUCAUCAAAUCUAUUGAUGAAUAAUAAUAAUAAUAAUAAUAAUCAUCCAGCAUCACGUAUACCGAAUAUGAUUGAUGCUUUUAUGACAUCUAAUAGUGGUGGUGUUCAUCAUAUUACUGAUCCAAUGAAAAUGAAUCGUUCUUCUACUGGUGGUGGUGGUGGUGGUCAAUCAUCAAAUAUUUAUGGUCAGGUUCCAUCGUUGAAAAUUAAUUCAAAAUCUCCACAACAACCACCAUCAUCAUCAUCAACAUUUGCCUUAUCACCUAAAGCUGAAACAGCUGUUCGUGAUAAAUUAACAAGUGGAUCGAUAACACAAGGAACACCAGUUGUUUUACAGCCUGGUCAAUUAGGUCAACAACAUCCACAAGCUGCUUCGCCUCAUCAUUAUCAUCAUCAACAACAACAACAACAACAAGCAGUUGCAGCAAUGGCUGCUGCAUUAAAUGUUUCCGUUUCGGGUUCUGGUUCGAAAUUUUCACAAUCACAUUCACAUCCAGCAAAUAUUUUACCACCACCACCAUCAUCAUCGCUGACACCUCAAUCACAUCAUCAUCAAACAACAAAUAUAACAGGAUCAUUCCAUCCAUCAAUACAUCAUCAUCCAAUACAUUAUAAUGAACUUUAUCGUCAUAUGAAUAAUCCUGAUCUGGCUAAAGGUUCAAUUACACAAGGAACACCAUUGAUUAUGCCUGCAAUUGGGCCUGGUAAUAAUAAUAAUAAUAAUAUUCCUAUUCCUGGUGGUGGUGGUGGUCAUAUUCCACCAGGAACUAAUUUAUCAUCAUUGAUUCCAACUACACAAUCACAUUAUCAUCAUCCACAUCAUCAUCAACUUUUACAACAAAUUAAUCCACCACCAUCAUCAUCAUCUUCGAAUCGAAAAAAUGAUUCAUCACCAUUGGAUUUUGCCGUUGUUCAUGGUGGUGGUAGUGGAAAUAAACGUUCGAAUAAUAAAUCAAAUAAUCAAUCAUCGCAACAAUCAACGGCUAAUGUAUCGAUACCGAAUUAUGAUUUUAUUGAUCGUAUGAAAACAAAUUAUGAAUCAACUAUUUCACAACAUCAACUGCCCAUUUAUCAUAGACCUUUUUCACCGAAUUAUCCAUCAUCUGGAUCAUUAUCAUUAUCAUCAAAAUCUUCUUCAGCAGCAAACAACAAUAAUGUUCAAAAUAUAAAAUCUGAUUCUGCUGCUGCUGCUGCUGGUGGUGGUAAUAUUAAUCAAAUAUUGAUUGAUUUUAAUACAUCUAAACAGAUGCAACCACGAAGAUCAAGUGCAUCAUCAAGUGAAAAAGAAUCCGAUCGAAUUCAACAACAAGAUUCUUCUGGUCGUUUGAUUCAACAUCAACCACCACCGCCACCACCUUCGGCACCACCACCACUACCAAGUCAUCAAAUUAUUUCGGAUAAAUCUCAUUCCAGGCCAACAUCUUCAUUUCAAAUUUCAGCUGCUGCCCAUCAAUCAUCACCAUAUCUUCAUCAAGAUCGUAUAAUAACAGAUGGAAAAAAUGCUACAAUUCUAGAUCAACAACAAGCUUUUCUUCAUUGGAAUCCAAUUGCAUUUUUGAAUCGACAAAAUGUUAUACAACAAUGUUAUCAACAGCAACAACAACAACAAUCAUCAAAAGGAACAUCGGUUAUACAAUCAGUACCACCAAGAGAAGAUUUAUUAAAAAAUUCUCAUUCACCUAGGGGAAAUAUACAGCAUAAUAAUAAUAAUAAUUUUCCAGCUGAACAUGAUGCAUUGGCUACAUUGGUUAAUGCAGCUAUUCAACAGCCAAGUCUAUCGAUACCGCCAAGUUCACAAACAACAUCCAUCAAUACAACAACAUCAGGUUCUGGUUCUGGUGCAACAUCGAUUUCAUCACGUUUAAAUAAAGAAGGUUUUGAAAAAUGUUUUUCCGAAAGUUUUGCUCAACAUUUACAGCCUGGAUCUAAUCAACAACAACAACAAAUCAAACAAGCUAUGUCGAAUCGUAUUGUUUAUCCACCUAUAUUGAAUGAUUCUGGCCAUCAUUCUCAUCCUGGUCAGGAUUUGAUGAUUACUGAUCUAUCAAUCAAUAAUAAUAAUAAUAAUAGAUCUAAAGAAGAUUCAUCUUCGAAAUCUAAUCGCAAUCAUCGAAUUGGAUCAUCCGAUUCAUCAAGACCAUCUUCAGCUAAUAAUCAUCAAAUUCAUCAUCAUGGUGGUGGUGAAACUCAGAUUGAUCUCAGAGGAGGUAGAGGAUUUCCACCACCUCCACCAGGAACUACACCACCGUUUGGAAUGUUAUCCACACCGACUGGUCAUUUAUCUGUCGAACAUGAUCGACAUUUAUUGUUGGCCGAACAACAACAACAACAAAAGAAAAAGCUAAAUUUUUAUCCAGGUGAUUUUCAUUCAGCAGCAUUAGAACAUCAUCAACGUGCAAGUACUGCCAGUAGUUUUCGACCAGAAUUAUUAAAUUAUCCACCGUUAUUGAAUGUUAAUCCUGCUGCUGUUGCUGGUGGUGGUGGUAAUAAUCCUGGACUUAAAUUUGGUCGUGAACUUAAUCCAUUUAGUCCAGAACAUUUUGAACGUGGUUUACGGCAACAAGUUGAAAAUGCUUCUGCUGCUGCUGUCGCUUUUUCAUCGAAAAAUGAUGAACUUAGAUCGCCAAGAAAUGCAAAUAAAACAUCAUCAUUAAGUCAUGUAAACAAUAGUACAGCCGAAUCAAUGGAUGAAGCAUCGAAAUUAUUUUCACAAUCAUUUCAAAAAGAUCGUGAAUCAAAUUCACAAUCAAGUGGUGGAUUAACAGCUGCAAAUCUUAUUGAUGCUAUUAUUACUAAACAAAUUAAUAUUGAUUCAACAAAAGGUGGUAGUCUUGGAAAUUAUCCAUCAUCAUCAUCAUCAUCGUUGAAUCGUUUAAAAUCAUCGAUGAAUAAUAAUAAUAAUAAUAAUAAUAAUCGUCCAUCACCUUCGAAUACACCAACAUCAUCAUCGAAUAAUCCGAUUUUAGAUAUUGGUAGUUUAUUUCAUCAACAACAUAAAAUACCAUCACAGCCACCAUCAUCAACGCCAUCAGCAACAACGGGAAUAGAUUUGACUGGAAAACAAUCAUCAUUAAGAGAUACAAUAUUCAAUAUGAUUACGGAUAAUAUUCAGAAUUUUUCUGCAACAACAACAACAACAACAAAUUCAUCAUCAUCAUCACCGGCUGUAAUGGUAACAUCAUCAUCACGUUUAUCUUCAAAACGUGGUGAUGAUUUAAAUAUUGUAUCAGUUACAUCGUCGUCUAGUGGUGGUGGUAGUUCAUCUACUACAACAUCUUCAGUUGCCGAUAAUUUUAAACUACGUCGUGCAUUACAACCAAUGGAUCAAUCAACAGAUCCAUCGUCUGUGCAUCGACAACAAGUAAUUCAUAUGACUGGAAAUGUAUCGACACCACCAUCAUCAAACAGUAGUAAUAUUUCUAAAAGUUCAUCACCAUUGCCACCACCACCUAAUUUGAAACAUCUUUCACAUUAUAUUGAACCAAUUUCUCCACCACAACAACAACAACAAGGAUCAUCUUCAUCAUCAUCAUCAUCAGGAUCACAGCAACAACAGCCUCCGAAUCCAGUAGUAACCACUGCUAAUUGGCCAAAUUUUCUUAAUUAUUCUCUGCCAUUUGGAUAUCAUCCGCCACCACCACCACCGCCUCCUCAGCAUUCAUCAUCUUCGUCAAAAAUUCCCACUGAUCAAUCAUCAUCGAUUCAUCAUUUACCUGGUGGACAUGAAUCACCAUUUUUUAUUACAAAUCGUAUUGCCGAAGCAAUGAAACGAACAUCAUCUUCAUCAUCAUCAAUAAGUAGUUCAGCUAAUUAUUCGACUGCAUCAAACAAUAAUAAUAACAGCAGUGAACAACAACAACAACAAGAAAGAGAAAGUGGUGCUGAUAAUAAGUCAUCUUCAGGUGAAAUGGUAAAUAGUAAUGUUGGUGGUGGAUCAUCAUCACGAUCUUCAACACCAUCAUCAAAAAAAUUAGCAACUGAAGAAUGUAAAAAAGAAUUAUCACAGCCAUCAAUUAAUCAAAAUCAAAAUAUGGAAAAUACUUCAUCAACAGUAACGGAUAAUAUGAAAACAACACCAAUAUCUUCAUCAUCAACAUUUCCGGAUUCACCAAUUUCACCAGGUGAAAUGGUAAUCGAUGAAAAUCCACGUCAACCAACACCUACAUCAUCAUCAUCACCUGAUUGUCAAAAUAAUUCAUUAACAAAUGAUGAUAAUGAUGAUGGUGGUGGUGGUGGUGGUGGUGGUGGAAAAAAUUCCAAAAGUGGUGUAAUCAAAUUGAAUAGCAGCAAUUAUGAAAAUACUUCAUCAGAAUCUGUUAAAACAACAAAUACUGCAAAAACAACAACAACAACAACAACAGCUACCAAUAAUAAUCUAUCAUAUGAACCAUUAUCGGAUGAUGAAUCAUGAUAUUUGAUUUAAUUGAAUUGAAUUGAAGAAUUCGAAAUUUUUCGUUAAUGGAUUUACCGUUUUUCACACACACUCUCUCUCUCUCUCAACUUGAUUCUGUGAUAUUAAAUUUCUAUGAUGUAAUAUUUUUCUUCCCCAUUGGUUCUUGGGCAAAAAAAAAACUUUCAUUUGAACAUUAUUGUCUCAUCUCUGAAUCGAUAUAUGAAAAAUAUUUUGUCUCACAUUUUUUUUUUGAACAUAACCAUGAAAACACACACACACAGAGAUUGAAUCGGAUU